AUGAAGUAUGUUAAAAUGGCUGAUAUUUUUGGAGUAUAAUUUAAAUAAGAAAUACAUAAAGAUGAAAAACUUUAAAAAUCUGUUUUUGGAGGAGUAUUAUCAAUUAUUGUUACUUCAGUUAGUCUAGGUUACUUUAUAUAUAUGAUGGAUUAAUGGAGAAAUUCUAAUAUCCUACCAAAAUCAACAAAUAUCAUAAAGGCUGAAAACUAUUCAUCAAUAUAGUUUAGUAAUGAGAAUCUAUUCGAAUUAUGUUAUUGGAAGUACUAAGAGGAUAUAAUUGAUCCGUUCAGAACCACUGAUAAUAUUUUAAUGCCAAUAGGUAUAUAUAUUAUUGCUGGUAUUCCUUAAAAACCCUUUUCGUUAUUAAGUAACAUAACAACUCUAUCAACUUACAAUAGUAAUUUAUUUUAUGUAGAGAAUCUGAAUAUUAUUUAAAAUAGUGGAUUUAAUCCUUUGUUAAAUUAAACUAAAGAAUUGCUCAUUAUUAUAACAAAAUGUAAAUAAUACUUGCUCUCUGAAAAUUAAACAUGUGCAAGUGAAAAUGAAAUUGAAAACUUUUUCAUUUCAUAAACUAAUAUCUUGAGCUUUUGGAUAAAUACUAAGUAUUUCAAUUCAUAAAGCAGGAUUUUUGAUAUNCUCUUAUCUUCAUAAGGAAGUUCAAUAUAUUCAAGGAAGAAUCUUAUUGGUUAAGCUAAGCCUCUAAUGGCCCAAUAUCCAAGAACGACUUUGUUUUCCAUGUAAUUAUUUAUAUAUGAAAUUAGAUAUUUUAGUAAAAUAAUGGGUCAUAUUAAUUUUAUUUAUGGUAAUAAUAUAAGAUUCAUAUAUUCUUUUUAUUUCUAAUUAAUUAAAAUGGAAAUUUGGUGA